AUGCGGCUCUGGCUGCUGGCCGUGCUGGGGCUGGGAGUGCUGGCGGGUGUGUGCCGCGCAGAGCGCGGGAGGGCCAGGCCGGUCCUGCCCAUCAUCACCAACAAGACGUUCAUCGACGCGUGCGUCCGGGAGCACAACAAGCACCGCACCGCCGUGCGGCCCGCUGCCGCCAACAUGCUCUACAUGACUUGGGAUGCAGCUUUAGCACGGACUGCCAGGGCAUGGGCAAAAAAAUGCCUUUUUAAACAUAGUCCAUAUUUAACGGAAAAAUAUAUGUCCCAUCCUCAUUAUGGGCAUGUUGGAGAAAAUAUCUGGACUGGACAUUACGGGUUAUUUGGUGUCACUGAAGCCAUCAAAUUAUGGACCGACGAAGUCCAGCACUACAAUCUUCAGACUAACAAGUGUACUAAAACAUGUGGUCAUUAUACUCAGGUUGUUUGGGAUAAUUCUCAUAAGGUGGGCUGCGCUGUUGUUUUUUGUCGUAUAGCUGCUGGAAUAAGAGAUGCAGCACAUUUUGUAUGCAACUAUGUACCAAGCGGCAAUUACCCAAGAAAACCUUAUAAAGCAGGAUCAUCAUGUAGUCUGUGCUCAGAAGAGGACACCUGUGUGGACAACCUAUGUAGAAAUCCAAAACGUGAUAAAAUUAUACGUUACACAAGAUGGUAUCCACCCUGGGAGAACAGGAUCGUGUGUGACGAGUCCUGUAUUGCUGUUGUGGUUUUAAGACCAUCACUGAUGUUAUUGGCUUCUUUAGUUGUUUUUCUUAUGCAGAAGCGUUAUUCAAAUAUGAGUAUAUCUAAAUAAUCUAUUUGAAAUAUAUAUUUCAUGAAAAGUUAUGACAAGUCCUUAAAAGAUUAAUAUCACACCUACCUGUUAAGAGAAUUCUCUUGAUUGAUGUUUUUACAGUGAAUUUGAUCAUUUAGAAAACAUAUC